AUGCUAGCCAAUGCGAAGGCCGACGCUGUUCUGAAAGGUGCUCGACUGAUCCUGACGACUAGCCAGAACGUCACUUCCAUGGUCCCGAUCCCGGGCAUUGGCCCCAUCACUACCAUUUUGAUAGCUCUCAUAGACAAACUUACGGAGAUGAGGUCGAACCAACAAGGGUUCGAAGCCGUCUCGCGCGAGAUCUCCCAGUUGGUCAACACCGUUGACAGGGCGGGCGAGAGAGUCAUGAGCGAGUUUACGGGGAUGCCAACCAGUGAUCCGAGGCGUCUUGCGCUCGUCGAUGGCCUACAAGGGUCUUCAAAACUGCAAGACCGAGUGAAUAGGCUUUACACCACUCUCGCUGAACAGAAGACAAAGGCCGAUAAGCUAUAUCAAGGAACCUGCUGGCUUCGUUGGUUCUAUAGUACACGAGACGCAGCCAUACUCACGGAGAUCCGGCAAGGCAUCGCGAAUGCUAGGGAGUAUUUCAAGCUGGAGUGUCAAGUGGCUAUCGAAGCCUCGAUUGAGGACGUCCUGGAGACGCUUGGGAGGAUUGAGGUGACGGUCAAUGCCAUCAAGGUCGAUGUUACGAAAGAAAAUGCCAUCAACGCAGUGGAUAGGGAUGAGAGGAUCCUGGAAGCACUCCCGCACGCGGAUGCAAGCUACCGCGCGGCAGUCAACGCGAUGAAGAACAGCUUCAUACAGGGAACACGUGCUGAACUCUUCGACGCAAUGGACGAAUGGAUCGAGGGGCGUAAUAGGGCAUCGGCAGGAAAAGCUAUAUGCAUACUAACCGGCGGCGCGGGCACUGGCAAGUCCACAAUCGCUUCGGAGUUCGCACGACGACGCGACGACGCAGGCGACUACGGAGCGUCGUUCUUCUUUGUCCGCGGCGUAGCGGACCUGGACUCCACGAGGCUCGUCUUCCCGACAAUUGCAUACCAGCUCGCUCACUCGCAAGCUGCUGUUCGACCUCACAUCGUCACCGCUGCUCGUGAGCACCUAAAGAGGGGCAAAAACCAGCAGAUGAAGUACGAGGCUCCGAAUCUUCUACAUCGACCUGUUCACGACCUGGACCCUCGGCAUCCCCGUAUGUUCCUUGUCGUUGACGCCGUAGACGAGUGCUCAGAGGAGGCGCGGACUCUUGUACCUGAAAUGCUCGACCUGCUUCUCGCCAGUGUACGCGAGGCCCGGUUUCCUCUUCGGAUUUUCCUCACAACUCGCCCAAACUCCUUGGUUGAAGACAAGCUUCGCAAUUCGCAGUGGUCUCAACUCGUUCACAAGAUUUCCCUUCACGAUCUCUCUCCGGAGUCCGUUGAACGCGACAUCGCGAUCUUUGUCCGCGACAAGAUCUCGAAGCUACCUGCAGGAGAAGCGCUCUUGCGAGAUCAGCCUGAAGUGGCUCAUCGCUUGGCUCACCGUGCUGGUGGCCUAUUCAUCUACGCGAAGACCGCUAUGGAUUUCCUCCAUGAUUACCCCGAUUUCGUCGAAGACCGUUUGGACGACCUUCUCUCCGAUGGCUCUUCGCAGUUUUCCGCGGCGCUCCAGCCUCUCGACGACUUAUAUCUCACUGUCCUAGAGAUCGCGUUUCCAUCCAAGGACCUGUCGCAGUCACCGCGCCUCCGUCGGCCUGUCGAGGCAACACUUGGUAGCCUGGCGGUCCUCCGCAACCCCCUGUCUCCCAGAGUUCUCGAGUCGUUGAUCGGGGUUGCACGCAAGGACAUCUGUUCAGUCCUGAAUCGUCUCCGAUCUGUCGUCCUCUAUGACAAUGAGAAGCCGGACGAACAGUUCCGCCCGAUGCAUGCAACAUUUCCCCAGUUCUUGGUCGACCCGAAUCGUUGCAUGAGCCCAUCCUACCGUGUUGACACGAAGCGCCAGCAUGCUCGUCUGGCGAAGGGUUGCUUCCAAGCUCUCCUGACGCUGGAGCAGAAUGUUUGUCAGCUCCCUGAUCCAGCAGUGAAUAAGGCUGCGAUCCCAGACUUGACGAGACGUCUCGAGAGGCACGUCCCCGAGCAUGUGCGCUACGCUUGCGUUCACUGGACGAUGCAUCUCGGAGAAGCGUGCGAGCUCGCUACAAGGCACGUCGGCAACGAAUGCUAUUGCAAAGACAUGCUCGAGGCGUUGACAUUGUUCGUGCGGACGAAGCUCAGGAACUGGAUAGAGACGAUGGGCUACAUGGGGCGGCUGGAUAUGGUGGUGAAGGGGCUGGAUAUCGCUCGCGACUACCUGACGUUUUCCCCUCAGUUUGAGGACCUAGACACACUCCUUGCGGAUAGCCGUCAGCUCGUCGCAGACCACUACUGGGAGAUAGAGGAAUGCCCUCACGAAGUCCAUCAGGCAUCCAGCAUGCCGGGUGGUUUCUUGCCUACGCUGAAUCUCGGUAGGAGCUCCCGUAGACUGACCAAGAACGAGAAGCGGAUCGAGCUCAAGCUCGACUACUGA